AUGGGUGUCAAUUGGGCCCAUUGGAAGAAGAAGCUUGAGUGUCCUAAAGACGAGGAUGCCUAUUACGAGAACACGACCUGGUGCAACCGUGACCUGAUUCCCAUUCCGCCAGAGCGUCGAACAUUUGGAGUCUGGUCGUACUUCGGUUACUGGACGGUGUCCGGAUCUUGUAUCUCAGCAUGGUCCACCGGUAGUACCUUACUUGCCUUCGGGCUCAGCCCUCAACAGGCUAUUGGUGUUGUGAUUCUGGGCGGUUUCCUGACUGGCCUUCUAGCCGUUGCUUGCGGUUGGAUGGGCGAGGUUCACCAUAUUGGCUUCACUGUUGCCAGUCGCUUUUCUUGGGGCAUGCGAGGAUCCUAUUUCCCUGUCAUCCUUCGCAUCUUUGUCUCCUGCAUGUGGUUCGGUAUGCAGGCAUUCUGGGGUGGUCAGGCCACUCGCGUCAUGUUCGGCGCCAUCAUCCCGGGCCUCGCGCACAUGCCCAACUACUUCUCCGAAAGCUCACACCUGAUGACCAACGACUUUAUUGGUCUUGUCAUCUGGAUGUGUCUUUUCGUCCCGGGCGUUCUCAUCCGGCCUGAAAAGUUGCAGAUCCCCUUCGUCAUCUGCUUCUUCUUCUUCGCCGGUACUUGCAUUGGCUGUCUCGCCUGGAGUGUUUCUCAAGCUGGCGGGGCUGGUAAGAUGUUCACAGAGCCUGGCUCGACUCCCAACGUCGGUUGGAGCUUUAUGUUUGGCAUCACGGCCAUCCUCGGCGCUUGGGGCGCCGGUACUCUCGGACAGUCCGACUGGACUAGGUAUGCCUCUCGCAGAUUCGCCCCGACACUAUCGCAGCUCGUUGCGGCUCCAAUCACAAUCGCCAUUACGGCUAUCAUCGGCAUCAUUGUGACCAGCGCCGCCCGCGACGUCCUGGGUGGUGACGUUAUUUGGAACCCUAUCUAUCUGCUUGCCGCCAUCCAAGAGCACUACAGUUCGAGCUCGCGUGCGAGAGCCGGUGUGUUUUUUGCCAGCCUGGGAUGUGUAUCCUCUCAGUUCUCUAUCUCUGUUGUCCUCAACUCAGUGUCCUGCGGUAUGGACAUGGCUGGUAUCUGCCCAAAGUACAUCAACAUCCGGCGCGGUGGAUAUAUCAUGGCUGCUAUUGGUAUUGCUACACAGCCCUGGCAACUCUUGAGCACGGCAACCAAGUUCUUGUCUGUGCUUAGUGGCUUCGGUGUCUUUAUGGCUCCUGCGACUGGAGUGAUGUUGGCAGACUACCAUAUCGUUCGCAAGGCUAAGCUCAAGGUCAACGAGCUGUACAUCGGUGACAGCAGCUCCAUCUACUGGUUCAGACAAGGCUUCAACUGGAGGGCCUUUGCCGCCUUCACAAUCGGCAUGUGGCCACUUCUACCUGGACUUGUCGGUACCGUCAAUGCCUACGAAGGUCCUAGCUGGACUGGCUGGGUUCGACUCUACAACCUCACAUUCCUCGUGGGUGUGGCCAUGUCCUUCGUCUCGUUCUGGGCCCUGAGUUACUUCUUCCCUGUCUCUGGCCUAGGCCUCGAGGCACCGUUCGUGGAAGACGGUGUGAUCCACGGCGCCACGGAGACGACGGAGAAUGACUCACAGGCCGGAGAGAAGCAACCGCCUAUGGAGGUCAGUGACAAGGUUUAA